UGAUCUUCCUGUUACCAACAGAUUGCGAGUUCCAAGGCGCUGCCACCUCUUUUCCAUCAGGAUCAUGUGAUAAUCCGGAGCUCUCCGAUUCCUCUCCACCUGCCUGCAACCCUGAUCACAGCUUGUUCGCCGCCACCGCUCCUGCCCGCGAUAUAUCUCACUAAUUCCCAAUCAGACUGACAGCUGCCAAUUACAGAAUGGAGGUGGACCUCAGUGGUAUUUCCAGGGCAGUCUUGCCUGUCCUUCCUGCACCUGCUGUUGAAGUGAACUCUCCGGGGAAAACAGAACCAGAGAAACCUCGUAGCUCCAGCACCCCGUGUUCCCCAGUCAAGCGGACUGUGUCGAGCUAUCAAAUUCUUCACAUGGACACCAACUACUUGGUUGGCUUUGCUACGGGUGGUGAACUUUUAAAGUUGGCACAAAGGUGGUCAAGUAGUGAGGGGAGUGCAGCAGAUGUUGUGCCUGGCCAACAUACUAAACAGCAGGAGGUGGGACUGACUAGAAAUUCACGUGUCUAUAGAACCAAGAACCGAUAUUAUCAGCCGUAUGAGAUCCCAGCUGCAAAUGGGCGAAGGCGGCGGCGAAUGCCAAGCUCGGGGGAACGAACCAUCAAGUCAUUGUCCUUUGAAUCUAACCGAUGUCUACGUGGCCCUUUGCCAGUUUGCCUCAUUAAAGGAAAGAGAGCCCAGUCGAAAUCCUUGGAUUACCUAAACCUAGAUAAAAUGAGUAUUAAGGAGCCGGCAGACACAGAAGUACUGCAGUACCAGCUACAGCAUCUCACACUUAGAGGAGAGCGUGUGUUCAGCAGAAAUAAAACUUGAAAAGAAAUGCAUUGCUUUAUUCAAUGUGCACAAGAAACAACACUGGGCUUGUGGAAGUCAGUGACGUAUUUGCCCGAAUUUCAUUGUGACUGAUGGGAGUAGUCGAACUGAACAAUUUGACAGUAGAUAUUUAAGUUUUCUUGAUGGAACAUUGAUUCUAUACAAACUAUGCACUGGGCUGCAAAAUCAGUGCUCUUUCUGAUAGAAUUAAUGUGGGUUAGAUAGUGUAGAUGGCCAAUGUUACAUUGCAGAAAGAUUAGAAGCAGUGUACUCCAGUAUUACUGGUAAAUGGUUAAAAUGGUCUUCUGUUGUUGUUAUGGCAGUAAUUUGAAUGGCUGAGGUACUGCUGCACUGUUAUUCUGUAGCAAUAAUAACCAAUUGUCAGCAUUGUCUUCAGUUAACAUUUCUGCCUUUUUUAUUAUUUAGUUUGUUUGAGUAGUAGCUGAUAUACUUCUAUUAUUGGAAGACAAAGAAAUGUUAUCUAAUUAAAUAAAUGUAGCUGUGUGGGUCCGAUCCAGUGGGAAGCAAAUCCAUUUUAAAUUUACUAUAUUUUGCAUUUAUAUGAAGGUUGAACUUACUCUUGUCUACCAUUUUAAACUGAUAAAUCUUUGGUCUACAUCAGAAGAUGAUGUAUUGCUGAGUCUAGGUUCUUAAUUGCCCACUUACGCUGCAGUAUGCUUUCAGAACUAAGGUAUGAGGUUUUGACUACAAUCAUCUUCAGUUAACCCAGAUAUAUUAACCCAUCCCUAUAUUAAUCCACGUGCUUCAUGAACUAACUUUUUCAAAUACAAAAGAAGACAAAAAUACAAGCUUAUUUAUUUGGCUGGCAGGUGGGCUUUGUCUUUUUUUCCUUAACUGAAUCAGUUAAUACAUUGUGAAUCAAUGAAUAAGGGAAAUAUUUUAGCAGUAUGUUUUGUCUUUCUAAUUUAAAAUUUAAUGUAAUGAUUAAUGAUAUUAAUAUCAUAUGUAUGUUUAAAAAUUUAAACUUGCUGUUUUUUUUCCAAUGUUUGACUGUCAUUUUGUAGUUGGCUCUGCAUUGUCUAACUGACUUUGAGGGCAAGUAUUGAGGAUAAUGCAGAAUUUCUCCUGGUAUUCAUUGACAUAUUCUUCAAUGUUGCACCAAGUUUCCAAAUGCAGAAGAAUUCCACAAAAGUGACUAGCUUAAUUCCUUCCCACUCACCCAUUUCAUAUUCUGUUUGUCAUUUCCCAACACAUAACUAAAAUAUGGCAGAAGUUUUCUCUUGUAGUGAUGAACUGAAGCUGGUCAAUCUUUUUGGAGCUUGUUUCCAAUUCAUCUUGCAAUGAUACCUUGUGUUAAAAGUCUUUUAUUUAAAUUAAUUGUGAUUAACUACAACUUGUUCCUCCUACACCAUAGAAGGUUCACCACUGGAAAGGAUGAGGUGGUCUUCUGUAAUUCUGUAUUUCUCAUAAACGGGUGGGCAAAUCUUACAAAGCUAUUGAUAUAUUUUUAGUAAAUUGAAUGUUCUGUUUCAGAUUGUAUUAAAGUUUUAGAACAUACUACACAAUUAAGUCACUAAAAUUCAUGUUCCUUUCAAUUUUUCCAUAUACAGUUUGGAAUUUUGGAAGUGAAUGGCAAAUUUCUCUACCAAAACCGCAUUUAUUCAGCUUCUUGAAAUUUGCAUAUUAUCAUUUUUACUUUCAGUACUAAUACCUAAGCUUUUUCUCCUUUAUCUGAGAAUAUGUUUAAACUUGGCUUAUAGUCAAAAGGUAACUGAUCCGUUUAACUUCUAUUGCACAUGGCGUGCAAUGUUUUGCCAAAGUCCACCUUUUUGUGCUUCUUUUCUAUAGAUUUUUGGCCACUUGUAAUCUUUCUUCACAACUGCCGAGAACAAUUAGGCUAGGCUGUGAUAAUUUAGCAAUAAAGUAUGAUACCUACUACUGGGAAUUGAGAUAAAUGAUGACUGAGCUACACUGGUUCCCUUAGUAUGAUGACUCCAAUGUUUCUUCCAGAAUUCUGGGAUGGUAUUCUUGGUGCAAUGUUCUUUUUUUGAAACACAGAGCAGUAAUUAUGGAAACAAGUAAUGGCCUCUUUGCAUACUUUUGUCCUCUAGUGAAAUGUGUCUUGGUUUUCGGGGCCAAAUUGCUGAGAUGCAUAUCCUUGUAGCAAAUACUGCAGCUAGAAAGAAAUAAUGAAUUCUAAAAUUUGUAUAUUUGAGUUGACAACUCAAUAAAAUUCCAAUAUAAAUGGGUGUUUGAAACAAAUGUAAGUAAUUAAAAAAUAUCAGUAUAAUUUCAAAUUUUCCAGUUUGAACUACUAACAAGAUCCUCUAAAAGCCUCAAAGGAUAGUCUAUGUUCAAAUAAAUCAUUUUUUGUUAUUUUAAAGAAGGAAUUCUUCUGACUCUAAAAGAAAAUUACAUUGCUUUUGUAUAGCUUUCUUUAAAUUAAGUACAGAGAUUCUCAUUCAUUUGCUGGUCUCCACUUUAUGACAGCAUAUGAAAGGCAAUUACCAAAAAAAAUCCUGAAUUAUUUUGGUCAAUCGUGGAAUUUAUAUAUUGAUCCUGCAUUACUGAUUGCAGUGUAAAUUGUGCAAUCAAUGGCAAUAUUUUCAUUCAUUCAUAUAGUAUUGAAGAUGAGGGAAAAUGCCACACAAUCAAUUUAUUACCAUCAUGAAUUGCCCUUGGACACAUGACCUUGCUAUGGCAGUUCAGAAGGCAUUUGAGAAUUGCUAUGAGUAACACAGGCCAAACUUGGCUAGGAAGGCAGAUUUCCUUCCCUGAGGGGCUUCAGUGAAUUGGAUACGUUUUCAUGGCACUGAUAUAGUUUCAUAGUCACUAUUUUGAUACUAGUUUAUUUUACUUUGGGUCAUUUUAAUUAGCUGAAUUUAUAAUCUCGCAGUUACAACAAUAGAAUUUGAGUGCACCUCUGGAUUACUUGUACAGUAGCACUGUACCAACUUUUGAGGUAAGAAAGAGCCAGGCACUAUGGCAUUAUAAGACUACUGAGGUUAAAUUAUCUGCUCAAACAUAUACUUGUGCAACAAAACUGAUUUUCUAAAAUCACAUCUUAAUUAAACAAAAAAAAUCAACUUUCAUACUGUCCUCUGGAGAACGUAGAUUUCAAAAUCUUUUAUAACUUUCUUUUUAGCCUGAACUAUUUAGGGUCUUGAUAAUGGGGAGUUUUAAGCUUUGUUUUAAAUGAAUUGUUUAAUAUUGAUUCAGACAUAUUUGAGACUCUUUACUGAUGUCUCAGUUGUUGAACUGAACAAUAAAUUUGGACCUGGAAUGUGACUUAGUUAUUUAAUGCUUGUCCCCUUGCUAUCUUCUCUUAAUCAUUUUUGUUUUAAGUGAGCAAACCAAGAUUAAGGAAGCUGCAUUUGUCAUAACUCAAUAAAUAUCCUAAAAAUGACUUGCAGAAUUUACUUCUAUUUUUUGUUCCUUUAUUGGAGGCUUCUCUGUGCUGUUAACACCAUUCAGUUGAAAGUGAAGUUAUAGAUAGUUUAUGGCAGUUAGUAUUAAGUCAGAGUUUCCAACAGCUCUUGGAAUUUUUAUUUUUGCAGUGCACAAUCUCCAUGUUGAUUCACAACCUGAUUGUGUUAGUUUUCCUUCAGCGGCAGCACAGGAAGGUUCCAGUUCAAGGUAACUUUCAGAAGGAAAUUUGAAUCAUCUGUUUUAAUUAGGUUCAUCAAUCCAAUAGCAAGAAGACUAGUCCAGCCCUUAGCUAGCUGGCUUAAUGCCUUUCAUAAAAGAAACUCCCAAGUUUUGAGCAACAUCAAGACCUCUGUUUAGAGCUGAAUAACUAGCUUGGUGUAAGGAGUUUUGAAUAUAACAACGUGCUUGGAUGGUCCAACUAUACUUCCUGAAGCUGUUACUGAUGCAGUGUUAUCAAGAUGACUUCCACCCCUUUUAGGAGCAAUUUGCCUGCAAAGUGGUGUGAGCCUCCUGUGAAUUUUAUUGAAUAUUCUCAUCAUCCACUUCAUAAAGUGUUUUUAGGGGAGUCAGAAAUAUUAUUGUUUGAAGUUGAUGGUAAAUGGCCCUGGUCAUUCACAUCAUCAUCAAGCAUAGAAAUGCAUUGUAUCCACAGCAACAUCAGGACACAUGUUGGACAAUUUGUUGAAUGUAUUUUGAUAGCUGAAUUGCAGAUUCUGUAAUAACCACUAUAUAUAAACUAAACUAGAAUGAUGAUUCUGGAUGUGACUUUCUUUUUCCUGCCUGCUUUUGACUGUUUGCAUCAUUACAAAGCUAUAACAUUACAAAGUGCUAAAUCAGUCGCAUGUAUCUCAAAGUAAAUUAGAUAAUUAAUCUUUGAUCUAGGAAUGUUCUUGACAGUUGCAACUGUGGUUGAUGCAUUUUCCUUGAGUUACCCUUUGCAAAGGUAAAACUGGGAAUUGUUAAAUGUGAUUGAGCUGAAGAGUUUUUUUGUGAAAAGCUAAUAUUUUAUAAAGUAAGCUGAUUUUAAAUGUUCAUGGUCCAGUGAAUCUGGUUUAUUGUACUGUAUGGUAUAGCUUUAAUCUCAAAUAGAAGAUUUUACGAAGUUCAAGGCCGCAACUCUUGCUGUAAAAGCUUAGAAUGUACAGUAGAUCUACAAUAAUUAAUACACACCUACCAAUAAUUAUGAAAUGUGCCUUCUGGAUACAGGAUGCACUUAUUGCAAAUGUAAACUUUCCAUGUCUUUUCCCUCCCCAUGAAUUUGUUGAUCACAGCUACUUGUCAUAACUCCAUUUGAAAGUUUUUGGUUACUCUCACAAACUGGGUUAGUAAACAAAAUAAUACUUGUCCAAGUAAAUUUAAAAUACAGUGGAAUUUCAAUUUUUACUCAAGUAACAUAUCUUUAAUCUGUCUGUAGAAUCCUCUUUCCAUUAAUCCAAGCAACUAAUAUACAGAAGUAAGGGAAUGGGAAAAAUAUUCUGUGGUCCAGUUUGUUUUCUACUCCUGCCUGUUUAGACAUAUCCAAGCUGGAUGCUGGAGCUUGAUUCCUACAUCCUAUGAUAGCAACAUCUACACUACAACCUGGCUUACAACCCAAGGGUAACUUCUCUGCUAGGUUACAACUAGGUAGCUAGCUUUGGGAUUCUCAUCUACACCAGUGGAACUGUUAAAUUUGCUGCAUACCAUUAGUGGUAAUACAGAGGAGUGGGAGUAGGCCACUCAGCCCUUCGAACCUGUUCUGCCAUUUAAUGUGAUUGUGGCCGAUCUUCGACCUCAAUAUGAUUUUCCCAUAGUCUCCCAUAAAUGGGUAUAUUUGAAAUUACCUUUCUGUGCAAUCUCUGGGAUAUCUUGACCAGAAACCCUGCAAUAGAUACUAUCUAAACUGACUUGUAGUUACAUAGCAGUGAAAUUGAGUCAUGUUAGCAUUCAUUGAUGGGAUAGAAGCAUUGUGCUUGAUUACCUUCAUGUAAUACCUUCAUGUUACCAGGAAUAAUCCUCUUUCAGUGCAAUUCAACUUGUGUAAUAAUAAGUGCACGUUAAGCCAGGAAGGAUUUGGAUAUUAUUUAUUUUUUAAAUAUUUUUUAUUGAGUUUAAUAUAUUGUCUUCAGCAAAUCAUGACUGAGAUGCAUAAAAUAACCCUGCUUAUAAUCAACAAUAAAGAU